AACCAAACCUUUCACAUGGAACCAACGAAACAACAGAAGAAGCCGGCAGAUUCCAAGAGAUCUGCUGGAAGAGGAGGGACCAGUAACAAUAUCCUACCGGUCGUCAAAUAUCAUCCCUCCAUAACACAAACCAGCCACCAGGGAAGAGGGCCAAGCUCAGCCCAGAAGACACUCCCAGCCCAGAAACCAGACAAGAAACCAGACCAGAAACCAGACCAGAAACCACACCAGAAACCAGACCAGAAACCACACCAGAAACCAGACCAGAAACCACUCAAGAAACCAGACCAUGGGACCAGUAACAUUAUCCUACCGGUCGUCAAAUAUCAUCCCUCCAUCACACAAACCAGCCACCAGGGCAGAGGGCCAAGCCCAGCCCAGAAACCAGACAAGAAACCACCCCAGAAACCACACCAGAAAGCACUCAAGAAACCAGACCGUGGGACCAGUAACAUUGUCCUACCGGUCGUCAAAUAUCAUCCCUCCAUCACACAAACCAGCCACCAGGGAAGAGGGCCAAGCCCAGCCCAGAAGACAUUCCCAGCCCGGAAAACAGACCAGAAACCGGACCAGAAACCGGACCAGAAACCUGACCAGAGGCCAGAAAAGAAACCAGACUUAGUCCUGGGAGGCAGAUCAGAUGUUCUAGAACAGCCUUUCUUAAACUAUGGCUCAGGAUGCAAAAUGGGACGCAAUCCAGCUGGCGGUAGCAAUGGACAGAACUCUCUAAAAACUCUGAGCUCAGGCCCAAGUCCAGAGAAGGUCGUCCUGGAGGGCGGGGAGCUGACCCCCAGCGUUGUGGAGGCGGUGGAGGUGCUGACUCGGGGUCAGAGAGACAACCCGGCCUGGUUCGAGUGGCGGAAGCACCGCAUCACCGCCUCCAAUGUCCACCGAAUCGCACACAGCCGCUUCGUUAACGGGACAAGCAGCACACUCCCUGGCUCCUACGUAGCUAACAUCACAGGACAGGGUUCGAGGGUCCAGACCAGAGCGAUGAGGUGGGGUGUGGACAUGGAGGCCCGGGCAGUGAAAGAAUACCAGGUGCUGAAGAGCAAGCUUCUUGGGCGAGAAGUGGUCGUUCAAGAUUCGGGUCUGUUCAUCGACCCCAAGCGGCCCUGGUUGGCGGCAAGCCCUGAUGGCAUUGUGAUCGACAAGCUGUCUGGACAACGGAUGCUGUGCCUGGAAGUGAAAUGCCCGUUCAAACACAAAGACCGCAAGGUUGAGGAGGCUUGUAAGGAGGACAAAGACUUCUGCCUGCAGAUCCAAGAGUUACCUAACCAGCAGCCAGUGUAUCGGUUGAAAAAGAACCACAGCUACUACAGCCAGAUCCAGUGCCAGCUGGCCGUCACAGGGAUGGACCAGGCAGACCUGGCGGUUUUCACCCUUAAGGAGACGGCCCUGGUGCCUGUGCCCUUCGACCCUGAGUUCUGGGAGGAGACGCUGAGCAAGCUGCAGAGGUUCAAGGAGGUUCUGCUCCCCCAACUGGAAAAGCACAGACCGCUGGACCCCGAAAUGAGACCAGAGAUGUAGAGGCUGGGCUGUUUGUUUUGAGGUCCGAAAGGAUGUGAAGCGAAAUAGAAACUGGGGUGUUCGCAGACAAAAUGCUGGUCUAGGACCAAGGCGAGGCUCUGCAUUGGGUUGCUAUUCCUGCAGCGUGUGCAGGAUGCUUAGCCUAACUAGUCCAACAUUUACCACAUGCUCCCAAUUCACAGAUGCCAGCUAUUGGUCAACAAUACAAUAGGGGUUUGGAAUCAGCAUUUGCUUUGUUCUACCCACAAAAGUAAAAUGACGUCAAAUAACCCUAACCCUAAACUUGGGGUCUUAGGCCGAUUUAUAUCAUAAUCUCAUGACUUCAGCUAAACCCAUUAUUUAACUGCCAUUAUUUAAUAACUGCCAACUUGUACUUCUACUUCUGAGGCUUUAAUGUGUUAUUGGGCUAAACCUGAUCAAGAGA